AUGGCAAAGGUUUCCACCAAGAAGACUUCGGUCAAGAAGACCGAGUCUACCAAGUCCGCGACGUCCAUUUCUCCUCAAGUGAUCGCCUCAGUUGCCGCCUUCUUGGCUGAGAAUUUCCCUCAGACCAGCGCUACAUUCACCCAGGAAGUUGGCAAGUCGGGCAAGAAGAGUGACGUGAAGAAUGUUCCCUCCCUGUUGGACCUUUUCCAAGCUUCGGAGAAGGGAUCUAGCGUUAAGAAGGCCGCCAGCACCAGUUCUUCUUCGAGCUCCAGCAGCAGCUCUGACAGCGAGUCUGAUGUCGAGAUGGGUGAAGCUAGUCGCGCGUCCUCGCCAUCGUCCUCUUCCUCUUCUUCCUCUUCGUCAAGCUCCGACAGCGAUGCGGACGAUGAGGAUGAUGAGAAGUCCGGCGCAGCUCCUACCCCCGUCGUGGCUAAGAAGUCUGCCGGUGUGAAGCGCAAGGCCGAGUCUAGCAGCGAGUCCAGCAGCUCUUCCGACUCGUCCUCUUCCGAAGAUGAUAGCCCCAAGGCCAAGAAGGCUAAGAUAUCCACUAAGGAGUCUUCCUCGUCCAGCUCUUCGUCUUCCUCGUCGUCUUCGGAAUCCUCCAGCUCUGACUCUGAUUCAUCGUCGAGCUCCUCUUCCUCCGACUCUUCCUCUGAUUCGUCCUCGAGCUCUUCUUCCGACUCAUCCUCCGACUCAUCUUCCGAUUCUUCUUCUGACUCGUCUUCUGAUUCUUCCUCCGGUUCUUCCUCUGACUCCUCCGAUUCUUCUUCCGAAUCCGAAUCCGAGAAGAAGUCCAAGAAGGCUCUGAAGCAGGCUAAGAAGACUCCUCUGCCCGAGUCCAGCUCUAGCGACUCCGAUUCUUCUUCUUCCGGCAGCAACACCGUUGUCCCUUCCCCGGCACUUGAGGCCAACCCUGCCAAGGCCCCCGCCGAGGCCAGCUCCAGCGCCAGCCCCGCCCCCGGCAACGGUCCUGCCAAGAAGAAGCACGUCGGAGCUCGUCCCACUCCUCUGGCCUUGCUGAGCGAGUUGCCGCAUGAUCACCCCUCCAACGACUACAUGUCGUACGCUUAUGCCGACCGUGCCUGGAAGGAUCUGUCUGUGACUCGCGGCAAGGGCUUCACCAAAGAAAAGAACAAGAAGAAGCGCGGCUCAUACCGCGGUGGUCCCAUUGACAUUGGCCCCGCCAAGACUUCCUACAAGUUCGAGGACUAA